CUUCAGGCGUCUCGUUCGGACGCUUCCAGUUCCGGUUCGCCUUGCCUUCUGCGCCGCCGCGCCAGACCAACCUCGCUCCGUCGUCCAAACCAGAUGCCCCCGCGCUUAACCCUCCUCCGCCGCCUCUCCACCCACGGCGACCCCAACCUCGCCACCCUCCUCGCCGUCCUCCGCUCGCCGGAGGCCUCAUCCACGCCGCUCCCGCACGCCCUCUCCCGCGCCUUCCCGUCCCCGUCGGACGCGUUCCCCCUCCACACGCUCCCCGACCUCCUCCCGCGCCUCCCCUCCCCGCUCCUCUCCCUCCGGUUCUCGCUCGCCGCCUCGCUCCCCGACCUCCCCUCCGCCGUGCCCCUCCUCCUCUCCUCCUCCCCGCACCCGCUGCCCCUCCCGCACUACGCCCUCCUCCUCGGCAUCUCCACUCAUGCCGGCCUUUUCCCCGUCUCACUCGCCGUCCUCCGCCACAUGCGAUCCUCCGGCCUCGCGCCCAACGUGGCCUGCUUCCACUCCGCCCUCCGCGCCGCACGCUGGCAUGCUGAUGUCUCCGCCGUUCUGGACAUCAUGUCCAGAUCCGGCGUCAACCCGACCGUCCCCCUGAUCGUGACCGCGGUGCAUAGGCUGGCAUACAUGGGCGACUUCGAAGGUGCCCGCUGUCUGAUAGACAAAAUGCCUGAGUUUGGAUGCGCGGCCAAUGUGGUGGUUUACACCGCAAUGCUCGACGGGAUGCUCGCUUUUGGUCAUGUGGAUGCCGCAGUGGUGCUGCUGGAGGAGAUGGAGAGUGGCAAGUUGGGUGCCGGGUGUGUGCCCAACGUGGUGUCGUACACGUGUUUGGCGAAAUGCCUGUGCCGAAAAGGGAGAAUGGUGGAAGCUCUGAGCUUGCUGGAUAGGAUGGUAGCUAGAGGGGUGAUGCCGAAUCGCAUUUUUGUGCGGACACUGAUUGAUGGGUUUUGUGCAGCCAGGGGGGCUGGCUUGAUUUCCAAGGCAUAUGAUGUGGUGGAGCGUUUGGUCGUUGACGGAACAUUGUCAAGCGGGCAGUGCUAUAAUGUUCUUCUGGUAGGGUUGUCUGUGGCUGGGAUGACAAGGGAAGCUGAAGGCCUCGCGCAGAGGAUGAUGAAGACAGGGGUGCAACUGAGCCCGCUCGCAGGAAGUGCAAUGGCAAGGGAGCUGUGUCAGAGGAAAAUGUGGUUGCAUGCUUGCUGUUGGUUGAGACUGAUGGAUGAGAAUGGGGUGCUCUGUGAUUCUGAUGUAUAUGCUGGCGUGUUGCUGGGGCUGUGUCAAGAGGGGCAUGUCCUUGAGGCCUCGGCGUUGGUGAGGAAGGUCAUGGAUAGGGGAAUACGCAUUGACGCUUCUUGCGCUGAUUGUUUGGUGCAGUUACUGAAGCAGCAUGGUGAUGAGGAAUUAGCAUCACAUGUAUUAGGAUUGAGGAGAUCCCCUGAAGUGAUGUCUCUGUGAGCAUUGUGUGGUUCUGUGCUCAAUUCUUGUAGAAGAUGGUUUGAAGAACAAGAACAGUGCAGGGAAAAGACUACCAUUCAUCGGAGGACCUGUUGUUUUAACACGAUCUGCUAUUGUUCAUGGAAGAGAGACCCCCGUGUUUGUCAAAGCUAUCACAAUAACUCUAGAUAUCUGCAGAGAGGGAAGCAAAUUAUAGCAACUAGAAUACCUGCAUCAAUUUUAUGCACAUGUGCAAUUCUUCAGUGCACUAUCUGUGUGUGAUAAUUUUGUGCAUAUCCAUGCAAAUGCAGCCUUCUCUAUAAACAUGCUUUUUUUUUCAAGGGAAAUAUACACCCGGUAUUUGCAUCGAGACAUAGAGAACUUCUGAGAAUACUGUCACCGCUGUGUUCGCACCUGAAGAUUUUGAUAUACAUUUAUGCAAUUAGUUCAUUAAAUGAUA